CAACGGGUCAGCAGUUUUGCUCUUCAUGGUAGACGAACGUCCAUUUUGUUUACAACGCAUGCGGUCAUACUUCUACCGGCGAAAAUCAUAACUCACUCAGUUUUCAAACUAAAACUUCCUCAAUAUGGGCGUCCCAGCCUUCUUUAGAUGGCUUUCUCGAAAGUAUGCCUCCAUAGUGGUCCAUUGUGUGGAGGAAAAGGCAAAGGAGGUCGAUGGUGUGAAAUUCCCUGUUGAUGCAAGCCAACCUAAUCCUAAUGACUACGAGUUUGACAACUUGUACCUUGAUAUGAAUGGCAUCAUCCAUCCAUGUUGUCACCCAGAAAACAAACCAGCCCCCAAGAACGAGGAUGAGAUGAUGGUCGCUAUCUUUGAGUAUAUUGACAGGAUCUUCUCUAUCGUUCGACCAAGAAAACUAUUAUACAUGGCAAUUGAUGGUGUGGCUCCAAGAGCAAAGAUGAACCAGCAGCGAUCUCGUCGGUUCAGGGCUUCUAAGGAAACAAGGGAGAAAGCUGAAGAGAUUAGUAAGAUCAGAAGUGACUUAACUGCAAAAGGAGCUAGACUUCCACCAGAAAAGGAGAAAACUGAGCACUUUGACAGUAAUUGCAUCACUCCUGGUACUGAGUUUAUGGAUAACCUGUCCAUCAGUCUGCGCUAUUACAUUGCCGAUCGACUCAACACUGAUCCUGGGUGGAGGAAUAUCAAGGUUAUAUUGUCUGAUGCAAAUGUCCCAGGGGAGGGGGAACACAAGAUUAUGGACUACAUCAGAAAACAGAGAGCAAGUCCAGGUCAUGACCCUAAUACCAGACACUGUCUAAAUGGAGCUGACGCUGAUCUCAUAAUGCUGGGUCUUGCCACCCAUGAACCACACUUCACAAUUAUCAGAGAAGAGUUCAAACCGGGACAGAAACGACCAUGCGACAUCUGUGGGCAAGUUGGACAUAUGAUGGAUGAGUGCACAGGUCUUCCUAAGCAAAAGGAAGGAGAGUUUGAUGAGCUAACAAAACCUGUUAGUCAAGAAGUGGAAUUUAUCUUUAUAAGACUUAAUGUUCUAAGAGAGUAUCUGGAGAGAGAGCUUGAGAUGCAAAGUCUUCCAUUCCCUUAUAGUUUUGAGCGUUGCUUAGAUGAUUGGGUAUUUAUGUGUUUCUUUGUUGGCAAUGACUUUUUGCCACAUCUACCUUCGUUAGAAAUCAGAGAGGGAGCUAUUGACAGGUUGGUCAAGUUCUACAAAAAUGUUGUCCCCCGGUGUGGAGGUUACAUCACUGAAAAUGGAUAUGUUGAUUUAAAUAAAGUCCAGCUUGUUCUUUCAGAGCUUGGCUAUGUUGAGGAUGAAAUUUUCAAAAAACGCCAACAGGAUAAUAUUGCUUACAAGAAACGCUUGAAGGCAAACAAAGAACGAGAGCGCAUACAGAAAAUGCGUGACAGCCCCAUGUGGGUACCAGGUGGUCAGUUCAGUCCGCAUCUACUUGGUGCUGGUAUACCAGGCGCUGUAACCUCCCCUAGACAGCAGGCGGCAGAUAUGAGAAGACAGGGAAUGGCUGGAGGGCAAGCCAGGGAUAAUCAUAGUGCGGCGGCUGACUUGAGGGCUAUGCUGACAAAACCUGAUGACCCCAAGCAGGGUUCAAGUGCUGGUGCAAUCACUCCAGAACAAGGCAUCAAGAGGAAAGCUGAUGAUGAUGACGAUGACCCACCAGAUAACAUAAGGCUAUGGGAGGAUGGCUGGAAGGGUAGGUACUACUCUAACAAGUUUGGAGUUAGUGAGUCAGAUGAGGGGUUUGAUGACUUCAGGAAGAAUGUGGCAGAUGCAUACGUUGAAGGGUUGUGUUGGGUAUUGAGGUAUUAUUACCAGGGCUGCCCGUCCUGGAAGUGGUACUACCCAUACCAUUACGCACCUUUUGCUUCGGAUUUCCGUGACCUUGGCCACCUAAAGGAUGAGUUUGAGCGUGGUACUAAACCGUUCAAACCUCUGGAGCAGCUAAUGGGUGUGUUCCCUGCUGCAAGUGGUAAAUUCCUCCCUCCCACAUGGCGAGAGCUUAUGAGCCAUCCUGAGUCGCCGAUCAUAGAUUUUUACCCAGUUGACUUCGAGAUUGACCUUAAUGGCAAGAAGUUUGCCUGGCAAGGUGUGGCACUGUUGCCGUUUGUAGAUGAGAAGAGGCUUCUUAAUGCACUCGCCAAAGUUUACCCUGAUAUAUCUGAAGAUGAACGUAAGCGUAACUCUCUCGGCAAGGAUCGCCUCUUUGCAAGGGAAGGCCACCCUGCAUUUGAUUUCUUCAAAGGGCUUUAUGAAGGCCCCACCGAGCCUGUAGAUCUCGUUACGGAUCUCACGCAAGGAAUGUCCGGGAAGGUAGAACCGGAGAAAGAUGCGCACGCCAUUUUACCUCACAAGAUCAUUCCUUCACCAGUGACAAACCUCCGGGAUCUGCGCGACAACAGAGCUAUUGGAGUGCUGUAUGAAGACCCACAUUUUUCAGACGAUUACGUCUACAAAACGACAGUUCUACCAAAUGCCGAAUUCCCGCCACGAGUUCUAAAGCCCGGGGACCAAGGACGAGACAAGCCAUGGAGGCCUGUGAUCGGCAUGAACCACGACAGACGAUCGUACGCAUCCAUAGCUCCCGCAGGGCACCGUAUGGUCGGCUUCCACACCAGUGAUAGACAGCAGGGGCCGCCGAGCCUCAUGGGAAUGCCUCCUUCCCAGUUCGGAAGAGGGGGGUAUGGAGGUGGUAGCUACGAGCCACGUCAGAACAGUUACAGGAGCGGGGGCGGGCAUAACCAUGACAACCGGCGCGCAAGUUAUGGCAACGAUUACUAUGGUAACAGGGGUGGAUUCGGCGGCGCCGGUGGCUAUGGCAACAGUAACUAUAGAAAUAGUAACUAUGGUGGUGGUGGCUAUGGUAACACGGGCUCACACCAGCAGGCUCCAAAUCAGUACUCUGCGCAAGGUUACCGUGGCAACCAGUCACGUGAUCCUCGGGGAAAUCAACAGCGGGACGAUCGACGCAAUUCGUAUCCACUUUCAAACUAUCGCUACCGACCGUACUAAUUUGCAAGGGAUGAUCUCUGGGUACAUAGGACAGAUGAGUGGCUCUAUAAUAAAGUUUGCCCAGCCGCCGUGGAGCGCAAAGACGCAUGGGUCCACCAGAGUACAGGAUGAAAUAAACCGCAAUAUCCCGUCCGCUUAUAAAGAAUUCACUUUCCCCACAUCUUCCCACAACUCUUUGCGCGCGUCACAAGAAGUUCUGGGAAGAUGUGUCGGAGGUGAAUACGCCCUUUUCAAAUAGAGUGGCGCAAACCAUGCGUCGUGAGCAACGUGCUCUUGUGGGUAUCAAAUAAAAUAAUGAACAAAUCCAGGAUAAGAAGCUGUAGUAUUUGAUUGUUUACUGCAUCUGCCCGUAAACGCUUCUGCCGGGAUUUGUCAUUUUUGUGCUACCCAUGUGAACAGUGCAACCUAUACCAUCUUCAUGAUAGUUCCUUUUACAUGCAUGGAACGUUAAUGAGUGGUUAUGAAAACAUCCGUAAGAAAUAACUACCUGGUAUAUUACGAACGACCUUAUUGAUUUAUUGUACGCUUUUUUUGCCCUGUAUAUUACCUGAUCACUUGAAAAGUGUAAUAUAUAAUACAUUUUGUACAAAAAUAUUAGUAUUUUACCAUAAUGUAUUAUAACUUUUUAAAGCUAUACUAAGCAGUAAAUAAAAUAACUAUCCUCUAA